CCGGCUCCUCCCGCUCCCACUCGGGGUCUCUCGGCUUUAGGGUGCAGCGGUCAUGCCUGCCUUCCUCUGCUUCCUCUCGGCCCGAGCUGCCUCCACGGGCUUCCUAAAAGCCAGGGUGGGAGCCUGGAGCUGCUGGCGGUGCCGAUGUCCCGCCUGGCAGCCGCCCGGUGUGAGGCGAUUGCCCCGUGAUGCUGCGGGCGGAGGAUGCUCACGCUGGGUGCUUGUUUAUUGAUACGUUUAGUGACAGAACAACUGAAAAUGUCGUCCUAUUUGGCUCAGGAGAUUCACCUUGCUAGAAGACAUGAAGAGAUACUGUCUCAGAGAUUAGAGCUGCUACAGCAGAUGGAGACUUAUCUAGGAGACAAAAAGACUAAAAAGACAUGGCAAACUCAAGCAGCUGAUGCAGCUCAUGAAAGGAAUGCAGCACUUUUAAAUGAUAUAGAAGCAGCAGAAAAAAAGCUGCAAGAAAGAAUGUAUUUACUUCCACAUCCUGAUACUGUUAAGUUAGAAACUCUUUAUUGGGCAUCAAUAAAAGAAUCUCUUCCCAAGUGGGAACAGUUUCUUUUAGGAAGAGCCGAAGUUCCUAUUGGUUUUGGGAGAAUGAAAACUACAAAACAGAACAUGAGCUACCCAGAAGAUUCACAAAAAUAAACUCUUCAGUUUAAUUUUGUUUUGGAAUUUAUGGCUUAAGCAGGCAAUGUCAUCCAGAUCAGACAACAGAAUAUCACAUCAUUAAAUUAUAGUGUAAAUCAUUCAGAUUAAAAUGAGCUAGAUUGGAUAAUUUGCUUCCAUUGUCAUAUUGUGUACAAUUCUUUAUUAUUAUUCUAUAGUAGAAAACCAGUUCUUAAAGGGGCUUUUAGGAUCAAAAGUGAGAAACACUGGUGUAUAGAAAUGCACCAAAGCAAUUGCUUUUCCAGUAUGAGAGUUCUAGGUUAUUUUUGGUCCUCUGCUUUUGCAUAUGAGAAGACAGAUCCCUGCAUUAUUUUUCCUCACUGCAGUCACCUGUGCUGUAUGUCUCUGUGGCUGGGGAAAAAAGGAGGAAUUUGCCAUUAACAAGAAAGGCAGACUGUCUGCACCAGACAGAGUAGCCUUAGUUUAGCACCAGAAAUCAGUGUGAAAACCUUCAUGAAAGCACUUGUAGGAGGAACACGUUGAAUUUCUGCAUCUUGCUUUCCCUGAUUUUUAUCAUUGCCAUUUUCAUUGCUCCUACACCUCAGUCCAGUAACCACUGUUUCUGAGAGAAAAAGUAAACAAAUCUCUGGGGGGUUUUGCUACUUCUAGGCUGCUCGAUGAUGUUUUCCUGGUGGUGACAUAAUCUACAAGUGAGAACUUUUGCUUAGGCAUGAGGAGUUUGAAAGAAGCAAGCUGAAAGGUAGCUGGCAGUGGGUGCUCGAGAACCCACCAUAUAUAGAAGUUGAGGAAAUAAUAUAUUCAUUUUCAGCCAUUGAACAGCUCUUCAGCUUCCUCCUACAGGGGUGCUGUGUCAGUGGGCUAACUCAGUUAUGAAAAUUUCACUCCUCUGGCACAGUGCUUUUUAAAGUACCAGUUCAGUGGAAUUCAAAGUGUGGGACUUGGCCUGCAGAAAUUUCAUCCUUCCUAAGUCAAAGAGCCCUAGAAAAAAAAAUUUUUUUUUUUUUUUUUUUUUUUUUCUUCUUUUAAGUAAGGCCCCGGACUUCAGUUAUUUUAUUGUUAAAAUGUAAUCUGAUAUGCAACAGCAUACUUCCACCCUCAACAUGAAAAUAGGAGGAAAAAAAUUUUACUUCUGACAGUGUUUGAGCAUGUGAAAAUGUGAGGAUUACAAAUUUUGCCAGGCUACUGGUGAACUGAUCUGUGCAUUUCCAUGCUACAGAGAGAGAUUUUUUUAAAUAAUUAGGGAUGUUUCAGUUACUUCGUUUGAAGUGGAGGUACUUUCUAGCAACAUUUCUCCUAAAUGUCACUGUUUUGGAUCUGUGUGCUAAAAAUCUUGUGUUCUUUAGUUAAUUAAACAUAGUUAAGUUAUUCACUCAUUAGCUGGUGGUGGGGAGUUUAUGGUCCAGUCAGAACUAGAGAGCUAAUUUCUACCUGAAAGCUACAGAAGUCUGGGUAGUAUCUAAGGACCAACAUUUGCAGAUACAGUUCUCUGUAAAACUAAGCAUGUAGUUUUGUCUGAAUUUAAAUUAUCUGAAGAAUCACUGAUGCAAUAAAAUGAAAAUGUCAGCUGCAUUUUAAAAAUGUACAUUUUGAACAGGAAUAUUAAGAGUUCAGUUAAAACUUUUGCUAUUGAAGGGUCCAUUAAACUGAUAAGUUUUUACAGAAACUGCCAUCUUAGAAAUAUCCUGUUGAGUGGGUGUUGGUGUUUGUAACAAUAACGUUGUUUUCAUAAUAUGUGAUGGCAGAUUAGCACGCUUCUCUGCAGUGUUGUUAACAGUUGUAAUUAAGGAAUAAACAGUAAAGGGUGUCAGUCCGAUGACAAUUUCAUCUAUAGUGUCACAAUACAAAAUGUCACAAAAUAUUAGAACUGUUAUAUAACUACAAAAAUAUCAAAUUAGGCUUUCAUCUUACAAGCACAGAGCUUUAAAAAAAAAAAAAAAAAAGAAAAGAAAAGAAAAGCAAAAAAAAAAAACCUGGCAUAGAGACCAUUGCAAUUUUAUACCUACUCAGUGUUCUGUCACAAAGACAAGUUGGUAAUAUUUUCUUCUGUAAGAUCACAAUGUGUGUCUCAAUCUGAUUUAGCAGGAAUGUGUAUGGUUCUUAGAACUGCAGAGCUUUAAUUUAGAAAGCAAAUAAUUGGAACCAGUUGAGCAGACAAGAAGGGAAAAGCUAUUACACAUGAUACCCAGAAUGAAGGGAUGGGUGAACACUUAGUUGCCAACAAAGACUGGGAUUCAUCCUGGUCUUUGCAUCCAAAGGGAAAUCACUUAAACUAAAAACUGGGCCCCUAAGUAGUUUGUACAUCAAUAAUCUGGGUCUUUAUCUCUUUGGACUCCGCCUAAACACUGGGACACAAUGCAGAUGCUCACCAUCUCCUUGUCCCUUUUGAUUUCUCAUGGAAGGAAAGGAGAGUGUGUGGACUAUGAGGGCAUGGCAGCUGGAUGGGUGAGGAUCUUGCAGCAUGUUGUGAAAGGCACCUGCAGGCAGUGUCAUUGCAGUUUUUGUGCUGCAAGUUAAAUGCUCAGCCACUGUGUUUCUGAUUAUUUUGUUACCAGGCAAAAAAAGGAUAAAAAUUAAACGAUCCUAUUUUCAAAAAGAAAAUUACUCUUGCUUUCUGCAGCAUAACUUUAGAAGCAAUAGGUCAAGUAGUGCAUGGAAAACUAUGUAGGAACACAUCCAGAAAAUGAUGAAAUUGGGAGUAACAUUUAAAGGAGGAAUGUGUAUAGGUGACUGAUCUCAUGGUGUUGAUCUGUGGUCUGAUAUGAAUAAAUGCAGUUGUGUGUGACUGUGAAGCAGCCCAGGGGCACACAGCAGGGCCAGCCAGGUACAGGAGUGAGUGCAUCCUGAUUUGGCACAGACCUUGGGACAAACAGUGGCAAGGAACAUAAUGACAUGGUAUCUCUUGUUAGAUCUGUUGAGUGCACAGUUUAAUUUACUAUGUCUGAGCUAGCUUGCCACUUGCCUUUCUGUAGAUAAAGAUUUGAGAAAGCAAAUCUUCAUUUAAUGUAAACAUGUUUAAAAAAAAAAAAAUCCCCCAAACUGAUGGUUCAAGGGCUUAGUAUGGCCUUUAAAUGAGAUCUUGAAUGAGUAGUCUUUACCAAGGCUGUUAUUUCAAACAUACUGAUUGUAUGUAUGUAUAUGCCAUCUUAUCCCCAGCUUUCAUAUACAAAACAAUGUUAUAUUUUGCAUUAUAUAUGUCUGCUAUGUAAUUUCCUACCCAUCUUGGGUAAGUGGGGCUUUUUCCCACAGAACGUAACCUGCUAAUAUGCAUUUUUUUAGUAACUUACUGCCUUUUGUGUUAAAAUACAUGUAUACAUAAGCUGCAAUGGUCCUAAGAGCCUCUUGCUUCUUGUGAUUUUCUGGUGGACAAGGGAAAGCAAUUGAGAAAAGAGCAGUAAGGGAACUGAAGGUUUUUCCUGUUUGUAAGCAAUUUUUUGAGUAUCUUUCAAGAAAUAAUUAAUCAUCCUUUUUUAGGUUUGUGCACAGAUGAGUAACCACAGUACUAACCCAGGAGCACAGCCUGUUCACCCAUCUUCUUACCACUACCACCACAUUCCUGAGCUUUUUACUUUCUCAGUUAUUCUGGCUGUGGGGGCAGUAGCAGAAGGCAUGUUAGUUUUCCCUAGGAAAAGAAAUAUCUUACUCCGCAAAAUCUUUCUCAAGCCUUUGAAUUUCAUUUGAGAGUACAUAUGAAAUAAUAAGAAAGCUUAGACACAUGAUAUUUGACACUACGAUAUCCUCUCGAUUAAAUUUUUUCAGGGUCAUGGUUUCAUAGGCACUGGGAGCUGGAUUUUAGGCUGAGUUUAUAGUUCUUAAUUCACUUGGAGCAAGUCAGGGAUGUAGAUGCUCAGUUUGAACUUGUUGGUACUGGAAAACGGGAAAACCAAAUUUGAAAUGGAAUGUACUUGAAGAGGUUACAUCUGAAAGAAAACAUUAUUUACUCCAUAAUGGUAAUUUUCAUAAUAUUUUAAUAAUUGUGUUCAGAUAUAACUUGACCUUAAAUAUCACCCAAAAUGCAAGCUGUUUUAACAUAUUUGUAAUGCUAGAGUCUUCAUUACAGUAAUAUUCUGUUUGCUUGAGAAUUAUAAUCCAUUAGUAUCAUGUGUUGCAGUUGAAAUAAAGCUUUGAUCCUGUA